AUGUUGUCUCUCAGAAAAAUCUUGAUGAAAAAGCUCAAAUCCUCCUUCGAAAAGGAAGGUGGAAAUGGGAAAGGCAAUACAAGUAACUUAAGGGUUAAGACAGCAAUCAACGAAGAAUACAAAGAAGCGUUUAGGACAAAGUCUUACACAGAAUUUUUUGACAAGAUUCAAAGCCAACUCGAAUCAAGAGCAGUUCUUGAAGCCGGCGCCACCUCUCUCUCGUCCUCUUCGUCGUCGUCGCCACCGGAGCACCUCCAUUUAUCGGAGUAUUUGGUGGAGCCCCGCCGCGAAACCCUAGUUUCGAUCUCCAAAUACCACCAUCUCCUCACCGAUUACUUCGACACGAGCCUAGAAGCAGGCAGAAUCUGUGAAUCGAUCCUCGAGAAAAUCUACCAAGUUCGCGUCGAUUAUCACGCCAUACGGAGCUCGAUCGAGCCAGAACCAGACAACAAUACCCACUCCCGACUCUUGAAAACCCUAGCCUCGUUCGCCCUCCACGGAGACCCCUUCGCCUCCAUGACACCGCAGAAAUUCAACAACCUCCACGAAAACCACCAACGCUUUCUCCAUCGGCUCACAUCAAAACGCGCAAAAACGAAGAAACGCAAGAAGCUCACUAAGUUCAUCAAGAGGGCACUGGCGAUCACAGGGUGCGGAGCACUGGCCCUCGCUCUUUUGCUCCUCGUGGUGCACGGGGCGGCGGGCGUGGUGGCAGCGCCCGUGCUGGUGGUGUCGAGUUUGGUGCUCUUCGACAGGCGGGGGAAGGAAGAGGCGAAGGGGAAACAGCAGGGAGGGGUGGAGGCGCAGCUCGAUGCUGCAGCGAGAGGUGUGUAUAUACUGAUCAACGAUUUUGACAUGAUGAGCCGGCUGGUGCAGAGGUUGCGCGAUGAAAUGGAGCAUAGGAAGUUCGCGGCCGGGGUUUGUGUGAGGAAGGGGAAGAAGGAGGCGUUGAAGGAGGUGGUUCGGGAUGAGUUAGGGUUUCUCGAACAGUUGGAGGAGCUCGAGAAACAGAUAUAUUUGUGUUUUCUCGACAUAAAUCGAUCGAGAAAGCUGCUUAUACAAGAACUGGAUAAGUGA